CAGGCAUUCAUUUUUUACUGUGCAUGCACCGUCGGAUGCACUGAGCUAUGGGUCUAAUGUCGUAAACAAGAUUUUCACGGACAGAUCUGUGAAGAGAGCCACUGUUUUUGGUCUAGCUAAUGUUUGCAAAACAACAAAAUGCAAACGCUCCGGGAGGAAAAGGGUCCUCCUCUUCCUCUGUCGUCUAUGCGUCUUUUUAUUCCUCCACUGCGCCUGGUGUGUGCAGCUCUGUGGCAGGUUGUAGAGCGGAGAGACAUCAUGGACUAUGGGCUGCUGGAGGAGUUCGCCACCAGCGUGUUGGAAAUAGUCCCUGAACUGAUGACUUACAGAGAGAGGGUCCAACUCCUCAUGGGACUGAGAGCACGGCUGGUUCUGGAGUUGUGUCGCUGUGAUGAUGAGCUGUGUCGUCCUGAUACUGUCCAGCCACACCUGAACAGGAUAAGGAGCUGUGUCUCCAAUCAGAAGGGAGAGGUUUCAGAUCCAAAGGUGGAAGCAUCAGAGGCCAGCUUCAUGAAGCUGAUUGAAACCCUACUGGAGCAGCCAGAGGAGAGGGAACUCUUCUUUCAGAAUGUUUUCCCAGAGGAGUAUGGCCCCAAGUAUGACUCAACACUGCAGAUUCUUGUGUGGGAGUUCCUGUCCAGACUGGAGAAACUGAUUCCUGCUCCAAACCUUAAGCAGACUGCAUCUUGGCUCAGCCUUGCCCCUGCUCUCUUAGAGGAGUGUGUGCAGUCUGUGGCUCACCCUGAGCCAUUACAGGCACUCCUCCAUCACCAUAAAAAUGGACAUCACUUAGACACCAAUGCUCUAAGGUCCACUGGUGGUGACUACAUCCUCUCUUCACUGUCUUUCCCUUCCUCUGUGAAGGAAGAAAUUGCCUCUUGCCAAGCAGGCCCAGAGAGACAGUCCUAUCCCACCAUAAAGGGAUAUCAAAGCCCUUUCCCAUCUGAUGAACCACAGAUGAGCUGGGACUGCAGAAUGGCAGAUCGUAAGGUCUGGACUGUAAAGCCACCAGCCUGUUCUGCUUCUGUGGAGGUCGAGGUCAAGACUAUAGAGGACGCCACUGAGAUAACCGUUAAACGCAAGACAAUCAACAAAGAGAUGAUAAAAGAAACCAGGAGAGAUAAAGCUGUUCUCUGCCCUCAGACUCGCAGCGGGCUGAAAACCAGCCGCUUGACUGCUUCCUGUCUGCGCCGUCAACCCGUACUGCGGAUGAACAGGCUUGACAUUAGCAAUAUGCCGUUACCCAAGUCCUUGCUAACACUGAUUCUAAGGAGAGGGAGACUGCAGGCUGAGACAAGACGCCCAGGACCGAAAGGAAUUGACAGAAAGAAAAAACGGAGAAGAGGUCGUGGUAUUACAAAUGAGAAGAUUGAAACGCACACACUUGACAUAAGCGAUAUGCCGCUACCCAAGUCCCCGCUAACACUGACCCUAAAGAGAGGGGUACUGCUGGAUGAUCCGACGAGUUCCCAAGUCCAGAAAAAAAGAGGUAGAAAAAAAGGAGAGAAAAUAGGACCUGGUAUCACAAGAUUAAAGAUUGAGAAGAUUGGAGCACACACGCUUGACAUAAGCGAUGUGCCAUUACCCAAGCCCUCGCUAAAACUGGUUAUAAGGAGAGGGAAACUGCAGGCUGAAGCAACAGGUUCUCAAGGGAAAAAAACAAGGGGCAGAAAGAAAAAAUGGAGAAGACGAUGUGGUGUCAAAAAUGAGAGUGUGAAAAGAGAGCGGUCACCUGAAACUGAGGAAGAAGCUGAACCAUCAGAUAAUGAACUUUGGACCAGUGUUAAUACAGGGGUCACUCUCAAUGAAAAGACCCCUGUCGAUGAAUCUGGUGGAGACCAUCCUUCUCAUUUCCCAUCAUCUCAUAAGAGGGAGGAGGAACAGCCCAUACAGACCUUUCACACAAAGGAGCACAGUGGUCAUAUGGCCGAAGGGCAGAACAGAGAAGAAGUCUCAGAGGUUGUACCUCAGGACUCACUAACUCCUGAGCCAUCCAACACCGCUCACAAAAUUAAUUCAGAGGAGCACAGUGGUCAGAUGGCCAAAGGGCAGAACAGGGAAGAACCCUCAGAGAUUGUACCUCAGGACUCACAAACUCCUGAGCCAUCCAACACCGCUCACAAAAUUAAUUCAGAGGAGCACAGUGGUCAGAUGGCCAAAGGGCAGAACAGGGAAGAACCUCAGAGAUUGUACCUCAGGACUCACCAACUCCUGAGCCAUCCAACACCGCUCACAAAAUUAAUUCAGAGGAGCACAGUGGUCAGAUGGCCAAAGGGCAGAACAGGGAAGAACCUCAGAGAUUGUACCUCAGGACUCACCAACUCCUGAGCCAUCCAACACCUCUCAGAAAAUUAAUUCAGAGGAGCACAGUGGUCAUAUGUUCGAAGGGCAGAAGAGAGACGAACUUCCAGAGAUGGUACCUCAGGACUCACCAACUCCUGAGCCAUACAACACCUCUCACAAAAUUAAUUCAGAGGAGCACAGUGGUCAGAUGGCCAAAGGGCAGAACAGGGAAGAACCCUCAGAGAUUGUACCUCAGGACUCACUAACUCCUGAGCCAUCCAACACCGCUCACAAAAUUAAUUCAGAGGAGCACAGUGGUCAGAUGGCCAAAGGGCAGAACAGGGAAGAACCCUCAGAGAUUGUACCUCAGGACUCACUAACUCCUGAGCCAUACAACACCUCUCACAAAAUUAAUUUAGAGGAGCACAGUGGUCAGAUGGCCAAAGGGCAGAACAGGGAAGAACCCUCAGAGAUUGUACCUCAGGACUCACCAACUCCUGAGCCAUCCAACACCUCUCAGAAAAUUAAUUCAGAGGAGCACAGUGGUCAUAUGUUCGAAGGGCAGAAGAGAGACGAACUUCCAGAGAUUGUACCUCAGGACUCACUAACUCCUGAGCCAUACAACACCUCUCACAAAAUUAAUUCAGAGGAGCACAGUGGUCAUAUGGCCGAGGGCAGAACAGAGAAGAAGUCUUCAGAUGUUGUCCUCAGGACUCACUAACUCCUGAGCCAUCCAACACCUCUCACAAAAUUCAUUCCGAUGAGCACAGUGGUCAGAUGGCCGAAGGGCAGAAGAGAGAAGAAGUCUCUGAGAUUGUACCUCAGGACUCAUUAAGUCCGGAACCAUCCAACACCUCUCACAAAAGCUUUCACUUACAGGAGCACAGUGGUCAAAUGGCCAAAGGGCAGAACAUAGAAAAACCUUUAGAGAGUGUACCUAAGGAGUUACUAACUGAGAUUGUACUUCAGCACUCGUUAACUCCUGAGCCAUCCAACAGCUCGCACAAAAGAAGCCAGCGCGUCAAGGCAUGCUCUUUCUGUGGCAAGACUUUCACUGACACACUGGGCUUGACAAGACACAUGCGAUCUCACAUUGAGCAGAGGUCACACCAAUGCACCCAAUGUGGGCAAGACUAUGAUUCCAGUGAGGACUUAGAGGAACACUGGAAGAGAAGCUGUGAGGAGAAGAUAAAAAAAGACAUUGGUAAGGACAAUGGUGGGGAAACUGUCCAGCUAAAAACGCAUCUGAAAAGAGACAAAAAGCCUGAUCUGAAAGCAGACAAAAAAUCUGAUCUGAAAGGACACACAAAAGACCGCCCCAUAAAGUGCCAUGUGUGUGGGAAAGUAACUACACGUAUGUUGGGUUUGCGAAGACACCUUCUACUUCACUUCAACAAUGGAGCAUACAAGUGCCCUGUGUGUCCAACGACUUUUAUAACAAAUGCUGAUUUGAGAUCGCACCUGAGAUUGAAAAGAUCUUGUCGGGAAAAAUGUUCUGAUGAAGUAAUUAAUACCAAGGUCCAUCUCCAAUCCAACCCUGGUGAGUACAAGUGUCCUUACUGUGGGGACACUUUCCAGCUACCACAUGAUCUGAAAGGACACACAAAAGACUGUUCCAGAAAGUGCCAUGUGUGUGGGAAAACAACUUUGAAGCCAUGCGGCAUGCGAAGGCACAUGUUAAGACACAACAACAAUGGCCCCUACAAGUGCCCGGUGUGUCCAAGGACUUUUAUAUCCCGUACUGAUUUGAAGAUGCACCUGAAAAAAAAUAAGCAAUGUAGGGAGAAAUGUUCUGAUGUCAUGGUGAAGGAAUUACUGUCAUCAGUAGAUGGUAGAUGUGGGAAAAAAGAUACAGGAGUCAUGACAAGCUGCCAACAACCAAGCUCCAGCAACACAGGUGGGCCUUCAAAGAAUAUUGAAGAGUUCUUUGAACAGUUCUCUUAUGACUUUCAGCAAUCCGAUAACAGCAUGAGUAGUGAUGUGAACCUGAAUAGCCUCAAUGAAAACUACAGUCAGGAGAUCAGUCAAUACCAACCCAUGAAGGACGUUGACCCAUUGAAGGACAAAAAGUCUGUGGAUGAUUCAUUGGAAAAUGAGAUGCCCAAUGACAAAGAACCAAACUCAACCAUUGGCUUAACAGGGAAGCAGGUGUCCCAGACUGACCCAAAGCCUCUCCAGGAUUCUCAACCAGAGACGAGCGGAGAAGUGAAGAACGAGAUACAGAGCGGGAAACUGCAGGCUGAGGCCACGGGUUCCAACGGACAGAAAAGAAGAGGCAGAAAGAGAAAACAGAAAAGAGGACGUGGUGUCAAAAAUGAGAAGAGCGAAGCAAAGGGUGUGAAGAGAGAGCGGUCACCUGAAACUGAGGAAGAUGCCGAACCAUCAGAUAAUAAACUUUGGACCACUGUCAUUAAAAGGACCACUGUCUGUGAUUCUGGUGGUGUCUCAGAGAGUGUACCUCAGGACUCACUAACUCCUGAGCCAUCCAACACCUCUCACAAAAGAAGUCAACGAAUCAAAGCAUGCUCUUUCUGUCGCAAGACUUUCACUGAAACACUGGGCUUGACAAGACACAUGCGAUCUCACAUUGAGCAGAGGUCACACCAAUGCACCCUGUGUGGGCAAGACUUUGAAUUCAGUGAGGACUURGAGGAACACCAGAAGAGUAGCUGUGAGGAGAAGAAGAGUGGUGAUGACUACUGUGGGGAAACUGUCCAGCAAAAAAAAUAUCUGAAAAAAAACCCUGAUCUGAAAAGAGACAAAAAAGCUCAUCUGAAUAGAGUCAAAAAAGCUCAUCUGAAAAGAGACAAAAAAUCGGAUCUGAAAGGACACACAAAAGACGGCUCCAUAAAGUGCCAUGUGUGUGGGAAAGUAACUACUCGUAUUGUAAGUUUGCAAAGGCACCUUCUACUUCACUUCAACAAUGGAGCAUACAAGUGCCCUGUGUGUCCAAAGACUUUUAUAUUAAAUUGUGAUUUGAGAUCGCACCUGAGAUUGAAAAGAUCUUGUGGGAAGAAAUGUUCUGAUAAAGUAAUUACAACCAGGCUCCACCUCAAAUCCAACCCUGGGGAUUACAAGUGUCCUUACUGUGGGGACACUUUCCAGCUACCACGUGAUCUGAAAGGACACACAAAAGACUGUUCCAGAAAGUGCAAUGUGUGUGGGAAAACAACUUCAACGGCACGCGGCAUGCGAAGGCACAUGUUAAGACACAACAACAAUGGCACCUACAAGUGCCCGGUGUGUCCAAGGACUUUUAUAUACCAUCCUGAUUUGAAGAAGCACCUGAAACUGAAAAAACGUUGUAGAGCGAAAUGUUCUGAUGUGAUGAUGAAAGAAAUACUGUCUUCAGGAGAUGGUAGAUGUCGGAAAAUGUUCAAUGAAACAGCAGUCAUGACAAACAGCCAACAACCAAGCUCCAGCAACACAGGUGGGCCUUCGAAGAGAAUUGAAGAGCUCUCUCAUGACUCGCAGCAAUCCGAUAACAGCAUGAGUAGUGAUAUGAACCUUAAUAGCCUUGAAGAAGACCACAGUGACAAGAUCAGUCAAUACCAACCCAUUAAGGACGUUGACAUAAGUAGCCUCCAUGAAGACUACAGUGAUGAGAUCAGUCAAUACCAACCCAUGAAGGACGUUGACCAAUCCAACCCUGGUGAGUACAAGUGUCCUUUCUGUGGGGACACUUUCCAGCUCCCAGAUGAUCUGAAAAGACACACAAAAGACUGUUCCAGAAAGUGCCAUGUGUGUGGGAAAAUAUCCUCAAAGGCAUGUGACAUGCGAAGGCACAUGUUAAAACAUGACAACAAUGGCCCCAUCAAGUGCCCGGUGUGUCCAAAGACGUUUAUAUUCCAUACCGAUUU